CUCCAGGGCAACACCUCUGCCGGGUCACGGCUGAGCUGGAGGAGCAUCUGAGCCCUCAGGCGGUCUGCUGGUCUGCAGUCAGCAGACCUCAGGCGGUCUGCUGGUCCCGUCGGCCGACUGAACGGCCGAAUCAAAGGUGCAGGCAAGCGGCUGGCACAGCUAGGCAAGCCCGCGUGGCACCACCGGCUCUGAGUUGCACGCGGGGGGCGGGUGGCUGUGCAACGCUGGAGUCGACAGACACUGCUGAAGGACCUGGACAGCUGUCCGUCUAUCUGCAGUGUGUGGCACAGCGCACCUUACCAGGCGCGAUGGAGGGGUGCGAUGGUUACCUGUCGAGCUUGGCGCCGCUGUGUGCGCGGCCCAGCUGCCUACCGCCCUACCUGCCCUUCUACUACCUGCCGCUGCACGGCUGCCAGCUGGCGCCGCCGCCUCAAAAGCCACCCUACAGCUACAUUGCCCUCAUCGCCAUGGCCAUCAAGUCGGCCGCCGACCAGCGCAUGACGCUCAGCGGUAUCUACAAGUACAUCAUGGAGCACUUCCCGUACUACCAGCAGAACAAGCAGGGCUGGCAAAACUCGAUUCGGCACAACCUUAGUCUCAACGACUGCUUCCGGAAGCUGCCGCGCCAGAAGGGCAAGCCCGGCAAGGGCUCCUUCUGGACGCUCGACCCCAAGUACGCCGACAUGUUCGAAAACGGUAACUUCCGGCGACGCAAGCGGCGUAUGCGCUGUCCGACCCAGAAGCCGGAUUCAGAGUCGACGGAGUCUGUUUUGGAGCCGCUCCCCGCGCAGUGCGGCCCGCCGGUCACCAAGGCCUCUCUCUUCACCAUCGAGAACAUCAUCAAGCCGGAGCCGAUGCUGUACACAACGGUGACGGCGGGGAGGACGGAUGAGGACGGACAAGGUGCGAGCCAAGUGCGCUGAUUAUAAGAAAGCGUGAGGGUAGGCACGUGUUCCGCCGCGAGAGCAGGGACAGAAGAUCUGUGUAUGGUUCGUAAUUUCACGGCAUGUUUGCUAAGCGUGCAGCUAAAGGUUUCCUAUGAUGUUCUGUAGAUGAGCAAGGUGUUAAUAAGACGGGUCUUUGUGGUACAUGGAUGUUCGCUUGACUGGAUCCCUGGAUUCUGCAUGACAAUCAAACCCAUGGUGCAAGAUAUAGAAAUGGUAAAAAGCUAUAAAACCCCCGCUAAAACUUAAGGCUGCGCCGAGAUACGGCCAGUUACUGGUGGGAAGGGCAAACACACGAGCACAAGCUUUCCUGAUCCAACGAACCCUGUGGAAUCAUUGCAGUCGGUCGGGUUAUGCCAAAGCACGGUUCGUUUGAACGUGCGAUGCAAUGUUGGGGUAUCCCGGUUACGUCCCGGGCAGGAAGCCUGUGCUGAGUCUGCCCCAGCGGUCUUAGUGUUCUCCGAUAGCCAUAAGCAGCCGCCUGUCUGCGGGCAUUGGAGCAAGCUGAUUCGCAGUAAGCAUGCACUGGAAGGUGGAACCUUUAAGAUCCGGCGGUGCCAGCAGGUGGAGCUGACAGCGCCCGUCACAUCUUGCCGUCAUCAAGUCGGGACUCACCACCUGGAUUGGGGCUGUGCCGGUGCCAUGUACUUAUCGAAGACGUUUUUCCAUUUUACAGAUCACAGAGACGAUAGAUAAUAAGCUAUGCGUGUAUAAGCAAUACAGCUGUGCUAUGAGUGUCAUCCAAGCUAGAACCACGGGGAAAAUAGCAAUAGAAAGCUCCCGUCAAACUACAUCAGAUAGGCGUGUUCUGACAAUGGCAAAUGUGACCACUGAACUGGUCAAACCAGGUCAGCUGGGAAAACUAGCACUUACAAACUAUUGCUAUCUCACAAACUAAGCAUGUCACGAUAGACGGUGUUGAAUGACUUGAACAGAAAGGCGGUUUUGAACGGUUCUUGAGAAAAUUCCAUUAGAUAGUCACUUGUUGACAUUGACACAUAUGACGCAUAUGAUCUGUGAGGUGUCAUGUCAAAUCAAAGGGUUGAUGGCGAUUGUUGCAUCGGCCUGCUCGGCUACAUCAAUAACUAAAGAAGUCGCAUCAAUACAAAACAGACUUAAUGAGACCUUCAAAAGCUGUAACAUAAAUGACAUCAAGAUUUAGCUUGCAUGACUUUGAAAGGUCAGAUCUAAUCACAAAAGUAAAGUUUGACAUACCUUGACAGCUGGAUUGCCUGACCUUGCAAGAUCUGCUGGAACGGAAGGACUGCACUUCGGAAUGAUAUAGAUAAAAAGAGGACUCUAGGAACUCAUUUCAAGUGCAUUUUGCAAGAGAAAUAGGCGUUAUUUGUCGCCUCUGCGCAAAAUGUCACCAAAAUAGCCCGGAGACAAAGUUAUAAAUAACAAUCGUGAAAUUCGGAAGCUUUAAUUGUCCACAACAUCGUGAAAAGGAUUCAAACGUAGGCACAGGUUAUACAUAUGAACCGUGAAAUUCAGAAGCUUUAAUUUUCCACAACUUUUCUAGUCCAAGCCAUUCAGAAGUUAUU